AUGCUUCCUGACACCUUUCCGUUGGAGGUCUACGACCUCUCAGAAUUCAUGGAUCGACAUCCGGGCGGCCCUACAACCAUUGUGGCGUGGGCUGGAAAGGACGCGUCCAAGUUUUUCAACGAGAUCCACAAGGGCGUCAAGACGCUUGGCGCUGAAGCUGUGUACUGUAUGCACUCGGAACUUCAAAUCUUCCCAUGCAGGAACUUGGACCCUCAGCUGAAGAUUAAGCUGCAGCGGUUGGAGACCCAGAAGAGAGCAGCUUUGGACUCGGAGGCUGGCAAAAUCUUUGAGCUUAAGUUGUUUCCAGCCAGUCGACCUUUGAGAAACACAUGA